UGUUAUGAAAAACAUUGUGUGUAACUCCGGGGGUAAUAAUAUUGCAAACUCGGGUCUUUAAUUCCGUCCAGCCUGCGGCUGUCAGGAAUUGCCACCCUCGCUUCGAAAAUUUCACUUAUCCCCCUCGUUGCACAAUGUAUAAAUCAGUGUUUUGAUGAGCAGUGCGAUGCUGGGUGCCGUGGCGGCGGCGCGGCUCUUCCCCGCCGGGUUCAGGCUCGGCACUGCCACAGCCGCCUACCAGGUCGAGGGCGGCUGGAACGCCAGCGACAAGGGUGAGAGCAUCUGGGACCGGUUCGUGCACUCCAGGCCCGAGGUCAUCAGCGACCGCAGCAACGGUGACGUGGCCUGCGACUCUUACCACCUCUGGAGGGAGGACAUCCAACUGCUGGUGGAUCUCAACGUGGACUUCUACAGAUUCUCGAUAGCCUGGCCACGAGUGCUGCCGACCGGGUUCCCGAACAACGUCAGCAAGGACGGCGUCCGGUACUACAGCGACCUGAUAGAUGGGCUGCUAGAGAAAGGCAUAGAGCCCGUGGUCACCCUGUACCACUGGGACUUGCCGCAGCCUCUCCAGGACUUAGGAGGCUGGGUCAACCCGAUGAUCGCGGACUGGUUCACAGACUACGCGCGUGUAGUGUUCGAGCUGUUCGGGGCCCGCGUGCAAACCUGGGUCACCAUCAACGAGCCACAGUCGAUCUGCGAUAACGGGUACAAUGGCGUGGGCGCUCCGGGGUUGAAGUCCGACCGGCGGGGGGUGUAUCUGUGCAAUAAGCAUGUGCUGCUGGCGCACGCGAAGGCCUACAGGCUGUAUGAGAAAGAGUUUAAGCCUAAGUAUGUAAGAGGGCAGGUGUCGCUCACCAACCACAUGAUGUGGUACGAGCCGGAGACCGAGCAAGACGCCGCGCUCACGGAACUCGUUAAGGACUUUACGAUCGGUCGCUACUCCCACCCCAUCUUCUCGGUCACGGGGGGCUGGCCGCCCGCGCUGGAGCGCUACAUAGCACAGAAGAGCAGAGAAGAAGGCGAGCCGUGCUCCAGGCUGCCACCCUUCACGCAGGAAGAGAUCGAGCUGAUCAGGGGCUCGUACGACUACUUGGGGGUGAACCAUUACACGACGAAGACAGUGCGCGCUGCGACGCCAGGCGAGACCCUUGGGGCCGAAGUUGUUGAGGAGCUAGCGGCCCAACUCAGCGCCCGUCCCGAGUGGCCCACCGCCACGUCCACCUGGCUCAGUGUAAGGCUGCAUGCGAGCAUGUUCUUUCCGCCGGCGAAUGCACCAAACCCAAUACACUCCAUCAGUCAAUAUUAUAUAAUUUAUCCUAAGGGUUUCCGCUCCCUUUUGUCGUACAUCAAGCAGCAGUACGGUAACGUGAAGAUCUUUAUCAUGGAGAACGGAGUGUCAGGCUCCGGGGAGGACCUGGAUGACCAGUCCAGGGUCGACUACUACCGGGACUACUUAGCACAGAUGCUGCUGGCCAUGGAGCAGGACGGAGUGAACGUGGUGGGCUACACCGCCUGGUCGCUAAUGGACAACUUCGAGUGGAUGGACGGAUACCAGUGAGUAGUGCCUUGAGCGUGUGCAGGUGCUGCCGGUCAUGGAGCAGGACGGAGUGGACGUGGUGGGUUACACCGCCUGGUCACUCAUGGACAGCUUCCAGUGGAUGGACGGAUACCAGUGAGUAGUGACCUUGAGCGUGUGCAGGUGCUGUUGGCCAUGGAGCAGGACGGAGUGGACGUGGUGGGCUACACUGCCUGGUCUCUCAUGAUGGCCAACUUCGAGUGGAUGGACGGAUACCAGUCUCGCUUCGGGCUGCACCACGUGGACUUCUCUUCGCCCUCUCGCAAGCGUACGGCGCGGCGCUCGGCAAGCUACCUGGCGGCCGUAGCCCGCACCAAGGACAUCGACGCACGAUACCACUUCGACAAGAUGGCGGGCGAAGGGCAACACACUGUACAAUUUUGUGUGCGGGUAUCGUUGUCCACGCCACUCAAGACCCAUCCCCGACUUGGACAUGAAUUUAACAUCUCGUUUCACGAAUUGUUUUUGUAUAAAUAA